AUGAGCCGGCAACUGAACAUCAAAUCUGGUGGUGACGAGGGUGGCUUCAGUGGGCACUCGGCAGUGGGGCUGAGGAAGGCUGUGGGCAGUGUGGCUUCUUACCGUGCAGCUGGCAAAGGAGCUGGGGCUGGCUUUGGCAGCUGAAGCCUCUACAUUCUCAGAGGGAAUAGGUGUAUUUCCCUCAAUGUGGCUGGUAACAGUGUUCGGACUGGAGGUUACAGCUUUGGUCUUGGCUCUGGGUAUGGAGGGGCCCGGGCCAGUGGUUUUGCAGGCAGCCUGUUUGACAGUGUGGCCCUGGGGCCCAUGUGCCCAUCCAUGUGCCCACCUGGGGGCAUCCACCAGGUCACUGUCAACAAGAGCCUCCUGGUCCCCCUCAAUGUGGAGCUGGACCCCGAGAUCCAGAAGGUGCGUGCCCAAGAGUGGGAGAAGAUCAAGGCGCUGAACAACAAGUUUGCCUCCUUGAUCGACAAGGUGUGGUUCCUGGAGCAGCAGAACCAGGUGCUGGGGACUAAGUGGGAGCUUCUACAGCAGCUGGGCCUGAACAACUGUAAGAACAACCUGGAACCCAUCCUUGAGGACUACAUCAACAACCUGUGCAAGCAGCUGGAGAUGCUGUCUGGGGACCAGGUGAGGCUGGACUUGGAGCUAAAGGGCAUGCGGGACCUGGUGGAGGCCACAAGAAAAGGUCAGUAUGAGAUGUAGAUUAAUCUGCGCAUGGCAGCUGAGAAUGAGUUUGUGGUGCUCAAAAAGGAUGCGGAUGCAGCCUACACGGUCAAGGUGGAGCUCCAGGCCAGAGAGGACUCUCUGGACAAAGAUAUCAAGUUCCUCAAAUGUCUGUAUGAUGCGUGGGAGCUGCUGCAGCAGCUGGACCUGAACAACUGUAGGAACAACCUGGAGCCUAUCCUCGAGGGCUGCACCAGCAACCUGUGCAAGCAGCUGGAGACGCUGUCCGGGGGCCGGAUGAGGCUGGACUCGGACCUGAGGAACGUGCGGGAUGUGGUGGAGGACUACAAGAACAGGUAUGAGGAAGAAAUCAACAGGCAGACAGUGGCAGAGAAUGGGUUUGUGCUGCUCAGAAAAGACGUGGUUGCAGCUUAUGCUAAUAAGGUGGAGCUGCAGGCCAAGGUGGACUCCAUGGACCAGGAGAUCAAGUUCUUCAAGUGUCUCUAUGAAGCUGUAAGGAUCGCUCAGAUCCAGUCCCACAUCAGUGACAUGUCUGUCAUCCUGUCCAUGGACAACAACCAUGACCUGAACCUGGACAGCAUCAUUGAUGAGGUCGAGGAGAUCACCCUGCAGAGCAAGGCCGAGGCCGAGACGCUAUACCAGACCAAGUUCCAAGAACAGCAGCUGGCAGCUGGCCAGCAUGGGGACGACCUCAAAAACACCAAGAAAGAGAUCUCAGAGCUCACCUGGCUCAUCCAGAGGAUCCGCUCAGAGAUUGAGAAUGUGAAGAAGCAGGCUUCCAACCUGGAGACGGCCAUCGCCGAUGCUGAGCAGCAUGGGGACAACGCCCUGAAGGAUGUCAGGGCCAAGCUGGAUGAACUCUCCAAAGAGGAGCUGGCCAGGAUGAUGCGUGAGUAACAGGGGCUCAUGAGCCUGAUGCUAGCCCUGGACAUGGAGAUCGCCAUCUACCACAAGCUGCUGGAGAGCAAGGAGUGCCGGAUGUCAGGAGAAUUUCCCUCCCCUGUCAGCAUCUCCAUCAUUAGCAGCACCAGCGGCAGCAGUGGCUAUGGCUUCUGGCCCAACUUGGUCAGCGGAGGCUAUGUGGGCAACGGCAGCAGCUGCAUCUCUGGAGUGUGCAGCAUCCACGGCAGGGAGGGCCGGAACCAGAGCAGCACCAUUGACUACAAGGAUGCCCUGGGGAAGGGCUCCAGCCCGAGUGCCCCCUCCAAGAAAGCCAUGCUGGCCUUGGCCACCCACCUGUGUCAUCCUGAACCUGGACAGGUGUGGACGACUAAGCCUGAGCAGAAAAAGAAGACAUUCUCAGAUCACACACAGCAGAGGGGCCGGAAGAACUUCUGGGGCUGGAGGGAGGUGAAGCGCGGAGAGGACUUUGGGAAGAGGGCAGAAGAAGCUGCCUUCAACCAGCAGGUCAACACCACAAUUCAGCAGGUGUGGGUAGAGGAGGGCAAGCAGAUCAAGACUCAGAAGCAAGUAUUGCUUCCCCGGUUGACAAGGUUCCAGGAGGAGAUCAACCUCAGGGUCACUGUGGAAGAGGGCUCGGUUCUGCCCUGA